CCAGUCUGGAGCUCCCGAGGCGGCCUCUCGUGCGAUCAAGGGCGCGCACCGCUGGGAGCGCGACUCGGGGCCCCCGCUCCCCGCGCGGGAGUUCGGAAGAGAGUGGGGCGCCGCCGCCCGAGGGCGAGAGCGCGAGCGGAGCCGGAGGAGGGAGCGCUCGCUUGCCCGCCGCCUCGCCGCCUCCCCGGCGCUCGCUCUCCCGGCUCCUAGGUUUGCUGGCUGCUCCUCCCACCCGCACCCGCCUCCUCGCUCGCUCGCUCACUCGCGCGCUCCAGCCGGUUUCCGAGCCCCGCGGUGAGCCCGGGCGAGUGCGGGGCGAGGGGCCCCGGGGCUAGCGCCCAGCAGGAGGCGGAGGUCCGCGCAGAGCGCAGUCGGCCGGGGAGGGGCCAUGUCUGGCGCGGGCGCAGCGGGACCCGUCUGCAGCAAGUGACCGAGCGGCGUGGACGGCCGCCUGCCCCGCUCCGCCACCUGGGGCGGCGCGGGCCCCGGUGCCGGGUGCGCGGAGCCCGGGUCGCGCGUAGAGCCGGCGCGAUGCACGUGCGCUCGCUGCGCGCCGCGGCGCCGCACAGCUUCGUGGCGCUCUGGGCGCCCCUGCUGCUGCUGCGCUCCGCCCUGGCCGACUUCAGCCUGGACAACGAGGUGCACUCGAGCUUCAUCCACCGGCGCCUCCGCAGCCAGGAGCGGCGGGAGAUGCAGCGCGAGAUCCUGUCUAUCUUGGGCUUGCCGCAUCGCCCGCGCCCCCACCUCCAGGGCAAGCACAACUCGGCGCCCAUGUUCAUGCUGGACUUGUACAAUGCCAUGGCGGUGGAGGAGGGCGGCGGGCCCGACGGCCAGGGCUUCUCCUACCCCUACAAGGCCGUCUUCAGUACCCAGGGCCCCCCUCUGGCCAGCCUGCAAGAUAGCCACUUCCUCACCGACGCCGACAUGGUCAUGAGCUUCGUCAACCUCGUGGAGCACGACAGAGAGUUCUUCCACCCGCGCUACCACCAUCGGGAAUUCCGCUUCGAUCUUUCCAAGAUCCCGGAAGGGGAAGCUGUGACCGCAGCCGAAUUCCGCAUCUACAAGGACUACGUUCGGGAACGCUUCGAUAAUGAGACGUUCCGGAUCAGCGUUUACCAGGUGCUGCAGGAGCACUUGGGCAGGGAGUCUGACUUGUUUCUGCUGGACAGCCGCACGCUCUGGGCCUCGGAGGAGGGCUGGCUGGUCUUCGACAUCACAGCCACCAGCAACCACUGGGUGGUCAACCCGCGGCACAAUCUGGGCCUGCAGCUCUGCGUGGAGACCUUGGACGGGCAGAGCAUCAACCCCAAGUUGGCAGGCCUGAUCGGGCGGCAUGGGCCCCAGAACAAGCAGCCCUUCAUGGUGGCCUUCUUCAAGGCCACGGAGGUCCACCUUCGCAGCGCCCGCUCCACGGGGGGCAAGCAGCGCAGCCAGAACCGCUCCAAGACGCCCAAGAGCCAGGAAGCCCUGCGGGUGGCCAACGUCGCAGAAAACAGCAGCAGUGACCAGAGACAGGCCUGUAAGAAGCACGAGCUGUACGUCAGCUUCCGAGACCUGGGCUGGCAGGACUGGAUCAUCGCCCCUGAAGGCUACGCCGCCUACUACUGCGAGGGCGAGUGCGCCUUCCCGCUGAACUCCUACAUGAACGCCACCAACCACGCCAUCGUGCAGACGCUGGUUCACUUCAUCAACCCGGACACGGUGCCCAAGCCCUGCUGUGCCCCCACUCAGCUCAACGCCAUCUCCGUCCUCUACUUCGACGACAGCUCCAACGUCAUCCUGAAGAAAUACCGAAACAUGGUCGUCCGCGCCUGUGGCUGCCACUAACCCUUCCUGGGCACAGAGCCUCUGGGGCCUCGGUUCUCAGGGCCCUCGCCGCCUCCGCCUCGGCAAGGUGCCAGCAGACCCACCGCCUUUCGAGAGGCCCGUCCCACCCCCGUCCCCAACCCUAACGGCGGAGGAGUGGUAAGGAAUUUGAGAGGUGAAUGCCUUUUGAUCCGGUUUUCACCAGCCUCCUGUGGACAAGUUCCUACAAGCUGCUGCAGGCAAAGCCUGAAGGAAAAAAAUAUACAUAUAAAGAAAAAUUGCCAGGCCGCGAUCACAGGCUGUGACGUCUGGGCCGUGCACUGACUCGUUCCCGGGGGUAGCUAGGAGUGCCCUUCAGCCCGGCGGCCACCAGCAGCGGGAGGCAGGGGUGCGGCGAGGGGUGGGCACGUCACGUCUGCGUGCAGGGAGAGUUGACGCGGAAGUUCGUGUAAUAAAUGUCACAAUAAAACGAAUGAACGAAAAUGGUUAGGAUGUGACAGAUAUAUUUUCCUAAACAGUUUAUCCCCAUGUCUGGGUUUACUCUGGUUUCGUAAACGGAAGCUGUGGCCGGGGGAGGAAGGGGGACCCCCCCCCCACUCCUCCAUUACGCUCCGGUUUCAUUCUGAGGCUUACACAGGCCCACUGUUUACAGAGACUUGCCCAAAUCCAUGAUGUAGCCGGGAAGGGAGAGAGGGCACAUUUCUGCUUGCAGGAGGGGGUGUGUUGACCUUGAGGGAAAAGCACGUUCAGCUGGGUGUGUGUGUGUGUGUGUGUGGAGGGGGGGGUGUGGCAGAAAUUAAAGCCGGCAUGUGAAGGGCCGGGAAACAUUUGGAGUUGGUUUUCCAGCUCUCCUCGUGAUAGAAAAAUCAAUGUGGAUGCCAGACCGGAAGGGAUAGCGAUCAAGACAACCUGCAGCUCGACCCUGAACUCGAGCCAACACGGCCCUACUUAAAGAGGUGCCAAAGGAAGCCUAGCUCUAGAUUAGGGCGGGGUGGGCGGGGGUGCUGGCCCCUGCCCAGCCGGGCUCCCCCGUUGUUCAUUUAUGGACAUCAGCCUUCUGAAGUCUGGGCUCCAACCAGGGUCCCGUUUGAAGGCUCUGCAAAGCAUCAGCUCCUUGAAGUCUGGAGCAGAUGACAUGGUGGAGAUCCGCUGGGUGCAGCGUGUGCUGGACACCAAUCUAAAUGGAAGGAGCUAGAAGCCGCUUGGAGAGUGAUGUCCUAAUUGAGUGUUCAACUCAAAGUUGCCCUUUCUGAUGUGGCUGUGGGUGCGAGCCUCCCUUCCCUUGGCUGGUGGGUCCCCCAGAUGCUGUGUGCCUGGGCCCAGCGGCAGCGCAGGCUAUGGCGAGCCCUGGGCGGCCCAUGGACACAGAGCAAGGCUCUCCAGGGAGUCCCGACAGGCAGGGAGUUGUUUCUCCACCUUGAUUAGGUUGGCUCCUGGAAACACGGGGCCCCCCGGUUUUCUUUUCUUUUUCUUCUUCAGUAGCUUAGGCUGCAGCCUUCAUUCGGCCUGGUCAAUAGAGAAGAGUCGCUGUUGGCUCUGCCUUAUUUGGUUCCGUUGGCAGAUCUGGGAUUUUUGUGUGAUUCCCUCUCGGGGCAAGGUUUCUGGCCUCUUGUACCCCAGCUGGCUUCUGGCUCGCAUCACUUGUACAUCGAAACAUGUAAAUACUUGUCUCAGAACAAAGAGAUUAUUUAUGUCCCUCGGAAGCUCCCUUUAUGCCCUUCUUCAGCCCCUUGUCCAGAGCUCGCUUCCCUCCAGCCUGUUUGUUUUCUUAUUUAAGACUAUUUAUUAACGGUGGGACCAUUGUACCUUCAGCUGUUGCAUAGAGCGGUCCUCAGCGAAUUUUCUGUAUAAAUAGACAAAAUAAAAAGGGUUUUUUGACUUUUCAA